UAAACAGACCCACACCGCCGGGACAGCUGAGGUUAUCAAAGCUGCGGAAUACUUCGCCAACGGAACGUUUCCUAGCAGGAAAAGUUGCUCCGUAUGCUCUAAUUUUGUGUGUGUAAAGCCCAAAGGACACCCAGUGUCUCACUUUUGACAAACACACACUGUCAGGAUGGUUUCAUACAAGCGGCUGAACCCUGAAGAUGUUCAGUUUUCCAGUGCUGUGUUGUCGGAGGAGGCUCGUCCCGUCCAGGAAGUUUCAGUGCUGGAGCCGGAGGAGGCCUCCUUGCUUCCACGGAUGCCGUCGUGUUCUGUCACCAGAGGCCUCCUGGUGAUUGGCUGCCUGCUGCUGCUUCUCUGUGGAGGCUGGCUACUGGCCACCCUGUUCUGGCUGCACGGUCCGUCCAACCAACAACCACAUAGACCACCGCCCCCGGCCACAGCACAAACAGCGCAAACAUUAGUAAACGACACUGCAGCUGCCUCCCGCCGUGAGGCUUGCAGUUUGAUCCCAGAGGCGUGGAGGUUUGAUUGCUACCCUGAAAGAGGGGUGGUUGUGACCAGAGAGUUGUGUGAGGCAAGAAACUGUUGCUUUAUUCCUGCUUCAUCUCCGUCCCUCUCUGCCACACGCCCGUCAGGAAGAAAUGGCAUCCCUUGGUGUUUCUAUCCUCCAGAUUACCCUUCCUACUCGCUUGUGUCAAUAAACGACACAUCCCUGGGACAGAAAGGUACACUCGUAAGGGAGGUGAAGACGUAUUACCCAGCAGACAUCCUCACUUUAGAGGUGGAGAUUCGUUAUGAGACAGACACACGGCUACGUGUCAGGAUUACAGACCCUUCUAUUUCACGGUUUGAAGUCCCAAUCUCUGUCCCCACCGCCACCAAGAAGGCAGAAAGUCCAGACUACACUGUAGAGAUUUCAAAAGAGCCAUUUGGACUCAUUGUGAAGAGAAACUCUACAGGAGCAGUGCUUUUGAACACCACAGUGGCUCCUCUCUUCUACGCGGAUCAGUUCCUCCAGUUCUCCACCCCCCUGCCCAGUCAGUUCAUCUAUGGCCUGGGGGAACAUCGUUCCACCUUUCUGCAUGAUGUCCACUGGAAUACACUCACCAUGUGGGCCAGAGAUGUGCCUCCUACGGAACAGACAAACCUGUACGGAGUCCAUCCAUUUUACCUGGCAAUGGAGGACGGAGGGAAUGCUCACGGCUUCUUCCUGCUGAACAGCAAUGCAAUGGAUGUGGUCCUCCAGCCGGCCCCAGCCCUCACCUGGCGUUCUAUUGGUGGAAUCCUUGACUUUUACGUUUUCCUUGGUCCUGAUCCUGGUUCAGUUAUUGAGCAGUAUGUUGAAGUCAUAGGCUACCCAGCGAUGCCCAUCUACUGGGCUUUAGGAUACCACCUCUGUCGCUGGGGUUACAACACAAGUGAUUCUACCUGGGAGGUUGUAAAGAACAUGAGGAAUUACCAGAUACCUCAGGAUGUCCAGUGGAAUGACAUCGACUACAUGGACAAAUUUAUGGACUUCACCUUCGACUCUGCAAAGUUUGCGACACUGCCUGACCUGGUCAAGGAUCUGCACGCUCAUGACCAGCGCUAUGUCAUGAUCCUGGACCCAGGUAUCAGCAGUACUCAGUCUGAGGGUUCAUACUGGCCUUUUGAUGAAGGACUGAAGAGAGGAGUUUUUAUUAAGGAUGCUGAAGGAAAAACUCUUAUUGGGAAGGUGUGGCCUGGUCUGACGGCAUACCCUGAUUUCUCUGAUGAUGUGACACAUGAGUGGUGGUACGACAACCUUCGGAGGUUCCACGAGAAAGUGCCAUUUGAUGGAUUAUGGAUUGACAUGAAUGAGCCGUCAAAUUUCCUGGAUGGAUCCACUAAUGGCUGUCCAUCAGGCAGUUUGGAAAAUCCUCCUUAUACACCUGGCAUACUAGGCGGUAUGCUGAGAGCCAAGACAGUGUGUGCCACUGCACAGCAAAAGCAGUCCAUACACUAUAAUAUACACAGCCUGUAUGGACUCAUGGAAGCUAAAGCCUCUGCCAGCGCUCUGAAGCGGAUCGUGGCAAAGAGACCUUUUGUGAUCUCUCGCUCCACCUUCCCCAGUCAGGGGAUGUACUCGGGUCACUGGCUAGGGGACAACAGGAGCCAGUGGAAAGACCUUUACACCUCUAUAGCAGGUGUCUUGACCUUUAACAUUCUGGGCAUCCCGCUGGUGGGAGCAGAUAUCUGUGGCUUCAGUGAGGAGCCGCAGGAGGAGCUGUGUGUCCGCUGGACGCAGCUCGGAGCUUUUUAUCCCUUCACACGCAACCACAAUGCCAUCGACAUGAAGCCUCAGGAUCCCACCGCUUUCAGCCCCCUGGCUCGUACAGCCAUGAAGCAGGCUCUGCUGCUGCGUUAUUCUCUCUUCCCUGUACUCUACACUCUCUUUCACCAUGCACAUGUACACGGACACACUGUAGCACGACCGCUGAUGUUUGAGUUUCCAAAAGAUAUAAGAACCUAUGGGAUUGACAGGCAGUUCCUGUGGGGGAAGAGUUUGUUGGUGACACCAGUGUUAGAUCCUGGAGUCACUACUGUGAAUGGUUACUUCCCAGAGGGACUGUGGUAUGACUACUACAUGGGUGACUCUGUGCACAGCAAAGGUGAAGAGCUUCAACUCGAUGCUCCCCUAGAUAAGAUCAACCUGCAUUUGCGUGCAGGGUCUAUCAUACCAACACAGGUGCCCAAUGUGACUCUGUGGGUGAGCAGUGGUCAGCCUCUCCACCUCGUCUCAGCUCUCUCUGAUGACGGUUCAGCCACUGGAGAUUUGUUCUGGGACAACGGAGAGAGCAUCGACACCUACGAGACCAACCAGUACGCCUACAUCGUCUUCAACGUCGCUCAGAAAGUGAUGACGUCCCAGGUGCUCCACGAUAACGUGGAGGCCACGUACAUCACUGUGGAGUCUGCCACCUUCUACGGUGUGAAGGAGAAGCCAAGCAGAGUGUUGGUGAACUCCCAAGAUGCACCAUUCACCUACAGAACCAAUAAGGUGUUAACAGUUGCAGAUCUUGGUCUCAACCUCAGUCGGAACUUCACCAUCAGCUGGAUGUAAUGACUCUGAUGUUUUAACUGUUGGUUUCACUUGCUGUUCACUGACUGUUGGAGUCACAUGCUGACACACACAGUUCAGCCUGUAAGUGUUGGGACAGUGAUGCUUUUCACUGUUUUGGCUCUUUAAUCCAGAACAUUGGAUGCAAACAGUAAGUGUGAGAUUCAGGUGCGGAUUUUAAAUUUUAAAGAGUAACUUAACACCAGGCUGAAAAGCAUUGUUUCACUUUGCUCUCUGGUUGAAAGUCCCAAGUCUGUGUCAGCACUUGUGUUCUGUUGCAAACCCAGCAGUACACCUGUGCAUCGCCGCAGCAAGUUGAGAAGUUAAAUCACUUCAAGAUACCAAAAAGAGGAUUUUCUGGGGCUGUUAAGCUGCUCUUUAAAAUAGUUCACGUCUGCAUUGGGUAUUGUACUUCAGUUCAGGUCUAAUGUGCUUGAGCACAGAGCCAAAACAAAAUUGUCCAUUUGUCAGAAAAGAUGGACAAAUAACACAGAGUGAAGGUACUCUGAAGCGAGUGACGUCAUGUUUGUGUUAAUCAAAAGUAUUUUUGUGUUCAGAACAAACAGAGCAUAUGAAAGCUUAUGAAACAAUGCGAAAUCACUGACCUACAGUCGUUUUUGACACUGCUUUAAAAAAAGAUGUGUGGACAUUUAUUAAUUAUAGCUGAAGUGUCAUCUGAUUUAAGCAAAAAGCUCGGCUUUGCCUUUGUACUUCAGCUUGAUUUUUAGUUCCGUUUUCUCAAGUCUGCAUUCUAAAAAAAAAUCUCAUCAGCAGAAAGAUGACACGCAAUAAAUGAGAGAGAGGGUAAUUGCCUUCCUGAAAAAAGUCUGACUAUAUUUCAUGAUGUAGUAAAUUGUAUGUGUUUUAAUGCUGUUUACAGCAUAUUUUUUGCACUAAUUGGUAUUGCAGUAUUGUAAAAGUAGAUACAGGUGCCUUAUGAUUCCUGUCGGUGUGUUUUGAGUGUUUCUGGGUUUGUUCCUUUCCAGUCUUUUGUCGAGUGCUGAAGACCAUACUACUGCUUUGCCUGAAGAUGGUUUUAACUGUAAAAUUAUACUAAAGCAGCCGUACGUGUUCUGUAAACAUACUGUGAUGCCUCUGAUGAUAGACUGCAACCGCAUCCACAAGCCGGAUAAAUUUCUUGAGCUGGCUGAGUGAAGUUUUCAAGCUCAGUGACAUUCAUUCUGCCCAAAUUUGACCUUAAUGCUGUGGAAAUUUGAUCUGAAUGUAUGGGUUUAUGCACUUUAUGCUACUUUGGAAAAUAAUUUGCUCAAGGAAUCACCCAAAUGUUUUUUUAAGCAUGUAAAGACUCCAAUAUAGAGUGUAUUUUGCUGUCAUUUGUAUUGAUGUACCUUUACUUGUGACACUAACACUAUUUUAUCAUGAAGCUUUGUAUUUUAUUUUUUGUGUAAUUGCUUAAAUGUAAUUAUACAAACAACACGCAAACCGAGUUUUACUGGAUCUUUUUUUUCCCCUCAGAACAUCUUACUAAAAAUGAUGAUAGAAAUCCUUUGGGACAGCAACACGAUAACAAACAGAAGUUUGGUUAUUGCUAAACUUAUGUCUUGAUUCCACUGUAUUGUCACAAAAAAAUUUAAAAAAUACGUUUUCUAAUAUUUGUUUUGAUUUAAUUAAAAAUGUAUAAAGUCAUGCUAUGCGCCCUGAUGUGAUCGACAGAUUAUAUUUGAAUAAAUGUUAUUUUGAUCUUGCCUG